AUGAAGUUUGCAUAUAAGGUAAAAGAAUAUAUUCGUGAUUUAUGAAAUCAUUUUUGAAAUACAUGUCUAAAAUAUAUAGAAUAAUACAAUUGUCGCGUGUUGUUCCUAACCUAAUAUUACUGUGCACUGCAUUUCACUCUUUUAUACGAUGUGUAUGAUAAUAACUUGCAAGUUUUUUGAAAUAAAGACAUGCUCACAACUCACUUAUGAAAGAUUCAAUUAUAAUAUAUAAAAGACAAUUGUAAUUAUAAUUUCUGUAUACUUAUCUCUAUACUCGAUCAUUGUUUUUUUUAUAGUUCAGUAAUCUGCUUGGUGCAGUUUACCGUAAGGGGGAUUUGAUAUUUUCUCCAGAUGGAUCUUCAGUUAUUAGUCCAGUGGGAAAUCGGAUAACGAUAUAUGAUUUGAGGAAUUGGUGAAGCUCAUAUAAUUAGCAUGAUUAGUAAAAUGAUAAUACAUAAAUAUAGAUUUAAACGACUCGUAAGAUGUGUAAAGUUUUCUCCGGAUGGUAAACAUUUUGCAGUUUGUAAAGAAAAUAAUGUAUUUAUUUUUAAUGCACCCGGCUUGCAAACAGGUCAAUUUAAUCCAUUUGUUAUGGAACGUGUAUUCCAUGCAGCUACAGAUGACACAACUUUUGUUAAUUGGUCUUACGAUUCAAAAUUAUUAGCUGUAGGCUCUGAAGACAUGGCUACAAAAAUUUACGGUUUAGAAAAAUAUGCAAACUUCAGAUAUAUUAAUCUUGGUGGUCAUUCCGAUGGAAUUGUAGCAUGCUUUUUUGAAAAAAAGAAUUAUGAUUUGAUUACAAUUAGCAAAAACGGGCAAUUGUGCAUUUGGGACUGUACGAUCGAUCCAGAAGAUUUAAUGGCAGUGGAAGUACCUCCAACCAAGAGAGACAAAAAAACAGAUAGUGACGAAGAAGAUGAUGUUAAUAUUGAAAAAACCAUAGAAAAAACAGACAAACAGGCCAAAGCUUAUGAACAUAGUUUACUAAAAUCGCAAGAUUCAUCCGAAUCAUUUGUAAAGAGUACCGAAGACGAGACAGAAACCAAACAAUUACGUUAUACUAAACUGUGUCGUCAUUACUUAGCUAACGAAGUUCAAAAGCAAGAAAAGAUAAAAGUAACACUCACUGCAGCUGCGUAUCAUCAGCAGACUCAUAUCCUAGUAGUAGGAUUUAGCAAUGGUUCAUUUUAUUUAUAUGAAAUGCCUGAUGUAAACAUGAUACAUUCUCUAAGUAUAUCAGAUCAACGUAUUACAUCUAUUGCCAUAAAUCCAACUGGUGAUUGGAUAGCCUUAGGAUGUUCUACAGCUGGUCAAUUAUUAGUAUGGGAAUGGCAAAGUGAAACUUAUGCUAUGAAGCAACAAGGUCACAGUAAUAAUAUGAAUUGUUUAGCGUAUAGUCCGGAUGGUCAGUACAUUGUUACUGGAGGUGAUGACGGAAAAGUUAAAUUAUGGAACACCAUGAACGGAUUUUGUUCCAUUACAUUUCAAGAACAUACAUCUGCAAUAACAGGAGUAAUGUUUAGUCACAAUAGGAAAUUUAUUGUUUCUGCAUCGCUUGACGGAACCGUCAGAGCUUAUGACUUAGCAAGGUACAGGAAUUUCCGAACUUUUACUUCUCCGCGACCUGUACAAUUUUCCUGCGUUGCUUUAGAUUCAAGCGAUGAGUUUCUUGCAGCCGGAGGCCAAGACAUUUUUGAAAUUUAUUUGUGGAGCGUCAAACUAGGCACGCUUUUAGAGAUAUUGAGCGGACACGAAGGUCCAGUUGCCAGUUUAGCAUUUAAUCCAAGUGUCACAAGCACAGAAUUAGUAUCUGUAUCUUGGGACAAAACAUUAAAGAUAUGGAACGCGAUUGAAAAUGGUUCCUCGCACGAAACGAUACAGUUGACUGCCGAUGGUUUAUAUGUUACGUACAAACCAAAUGGUGAAGAAGUAGCAGUGGCAACUUUGGAUGGGCAAAUCUCAUUUUUCCAUUGUAAAACGGCGACGCAAAUUGGUAGUAUUGAAGGAAGAAAUGAUCUAGGUAGUGGCAGGUCUGAUACUGAUCUUAUUACGGCUAAGAAAAGUCUGAAGGGGAAGUCCUUUUCUGUUCUUUGUUACUCGGCUGAUGGUACGUGUAUAUUAGCUGGUGGACAUUCUAUAAAUAUAUGUAUUUACAAUGUACAAGAAUUUAUACUUGUGAGAAAAUUUGUCAUAACGCAGAACAAAUCACUGGAUGCAGUUGAUGAUAUUAUAAAUAAGCGAAAUUUAACAGAAUUUGGAAAUUUGGCGUUAGUGGAAGAACGUGAAGAAAACGAAGGAGGAAAGGUAAAGUUACGAUUACCGGGCGUUAGAAGUGGAGAUAUGGCAAGCAGAAAUAUAAAGCCAGAAGUCAGGGUAUAUAGUUUACAGUUUUCUCCAACAGGACAGGCGUGGGCUGCGGCGACAACGGAAGGAUUAUUAUUAUAUUCAUUAGAUGCUGGAUUAGUAUUUGAUCCAUUUCAAUUGGAAUUAGGAAUUACGCCAGAGAGCGUGCAAAAGACUUUAAAUCAAAAGCAAUACGCAAAAGUUAAUUUAACCGUGACGGACUUGUCCGAUAUUUACGUCGAAAAAGCAUUAAAAUUCAUAGCAUCAGAAUUGGAAUAUACCAGGCACAUACAUUUUUAUCUUCUUUGGAUAGAAGUUAUACUGACUAAUCACGGAACAAAGAUAAAUACGGCUCUUCAAAUGCCGAUACUGCUGACGUUGCAGAAAAAUAUGCAGAAGAAGUACGAUGACCUGAGUAAAAUGUCAGUACAUAAUGUUUAUACAUUAAUUAUUUAAAAUUAUUAAUAUUAUUAAUAUCAUUUUAACUUCACACAGAUGUGAUUUUAAUCAAUAUACGAUGAGUUAUUUGAAAAAAGUUGGCGCCUUCAAAGCUACAAAAAACAAUUCUAUGGAAAUUGAGGAAAUCGAAUAG